CGCGCACGUGCCGGCGCGGGGGUGGGUCGCUGUCACCUGGCGGCAGCGGUGGCGGCGGCGGCGGCGGCGGGCGGGGCGGGCGGCGCGGGGGAGGCUAUAAAAGUGUCCCGCCGCGGCACAUGCACACUUCGGGGAAACUUCCGAGCCGGAGCGGUGGCCAUGGGAGGAGCGCCCGCUCCCGCCAGACGCGCUCCGCCUUAGGGUGGGCAGCUCCGCGGCAGAGGACGGCUGCGGCCGGGCCCCCCGCCCCGACCUGCCCCCACGGGAGGCGACGCUGGCGGGCCCGCCCGGUACUCCGGCAUCUGGCUCUGACUUGGGAAGUGGUGGCUGCAGCGGCGGCAGGAUGCGAGUGAACGAGAGCGAGUUGAACAGCACCGUCCUCCCGCGGGACCCGCCGGCCGAGGGAGCCUCGCGCCGCCCGCCCUGGGUGACCUCCACCUUGGCCGCCAUCCUCAUCUUCACCAUCGUGGUGGACUUACUGGGCAACCUCUUGGUUAUCCUCUCCGUAUACCGCAACAAGAAGCUGCGGAACGCGGGAAAUGUGUUUGUUGUAAGCCUGGCAGUUGCCGACUUGGUAGUAGCAAUCUACCCAUAUCCACUGGUCCUCACAUCUGUAUUUCACAACGGAUGGAAUCUGGGAUACCUUCACUGCCAGAUUAGUGGCUUCUUGAUGGGCCUAAGUGUCAUUGGAUCGAUCUUCAAUAUUACAGGCAUCGCUAUCAAUCGGUACUGCUAUAUCUGCCACAGUCUCAAAUACGACAAGCUGUACAGCGACAAGAAUUCAUUGUGCUAUGUUGUUCUUAUCUGGGUCCUAACAUUUGUUGCUAUUGUGCCCAAUCUGUUUGUGGGAUCGCUACAGUAUGACCCCCGGAUUUACUCAUGUACAUUUGCACAGUCUGUGAGCUCAGCAUAUACAAUAGCAGUUGUGUUUUUCCAUUUCCUGCUUCCCAUAGCCAUAGUUACUUUCUGUUACUUGAGAAUAUGGAUUCUCGUUAUUCAAGUAAGGCGAAGGGUUAAACCAGAUAACAACCCCAGACUGAAACCACAUGACUUCAGAAACUUUGUAACCAUGUUUGUGGUAUUUGUACUGUUUGCAGUCUGCUGGGCUCCUUUGAACUUCAUAGGCCUUGCUGUGGCUGUCAACCCAGAAACUAUAAUCCCUAGGAUUCCGGAGUGGUUGUUUGUAUCUAGUUAUUACAUGGCCUAUUUCAACAGUUGCCUUAAUGCUAUCAUAUAUGGACUCCUGAACCAGAACUUCAGAAGAGAAUACAAGAGAAUUAUUGUCAAUCUGUGUACAGCAAAUGUUUUUUUCCAGGAUAGUUCUAAUGAUGCAGGAGACAGGAUGAGAAGUAAACCUUCUCCAUUGAUCACAAACAACAAUCAAGUGAAGGUGGACUCUGUCUGAAAAUGAGAAUUUUAUUAUUGUCACUCAACAUCAUCCAAAUAAAGUAUCUGUUUUAUUAGA